AGACGGAUACAAGGAUCCAAGGGGUAAAGGACUAAAUCAAAUCGUGGGAAUGUCCAUACCACCUAAAACACCGGUACACACGUUGAUCCCCCUUUCACGAAAUGUUUGAAAGGCCGCUCAUCUUUCUCAACCCAGCAAGACAUCUAAAGAUGAUUGCUCAGACUUGGUAUCACCAUCAAAAGAACGAAUAGUAGUAAAAAUAUUGUGAUUGGUGGUCUUGAUCGAUGGGCAGUGUUGAGAAUAUGAUCUGUGACGCUGGUCAAGUCUAUCGGCGCGGUUUUGGGCGGCUGCGCCCAUAGUGGAGUUGAAAUGGUAGGAGAUUGUUCAGACAUUCCAGAUUUCUGGCUACCCCGAGAAGUGGAGACCGAGGAGGGAGAAGUCGAUGAAGAAGUUUUCGAAGGCAAUUUCGAUGUUGAACUGCUUGAGGAGCUUGAUUUAGCUGCGGUGGAUGACGUAGAUGAACUUUGAAUGAUGGGAGUACCAUGUACUUGAAUAAAGUCGAUAUCGACAUAGACGUUCAAUUGCCCAUCUGUCGUACGUGUUGGAUCUUUCCAGCAUUCAUUCGUGAGGACAAUAGUAUGAAGACCGUCCGAAAGUCCAGUCCCGUUGAAAAUGGGGUAUUGAUAUUGUUGGGUUUC